ACCACGACCACGACCAUGGGUGCGGACGCCGCCGCGGACAGGGAGGCGCGGGACGCGAAGCCGGGGAAGAUCCAGAUCGCGGUGACGUUCGGCGGCAGAGAGCUCAAGUUCUUGUACAGCGAGACGCGCCCGCUGGAGAAGAUCCUGGUCAGGUUCUGCGAGGCACACCACCUCGAACGCCGCGAGAUCGUGUUCAACUACAACGGGGCGACGGUCAAGGGGGACACCACCGCGGUCGACACAGCUGAUCAAUUUGUUUCCCUCCUUCCCGCCCUGUCUGCGCGUUUCUCCCGCCCGCCGCUGCAGCUCGCCAUGGACGCGGAUGCGGCCGAGAUGGCGGGCGACGAGGUGCCGCUCAUCGAGGGGCUCGUCUUCCAGGAGGGCGGGGCCGCGAUGGACUCGGACGCGCCGUAG